UCUUGCAUGUUCCUGCCUUCUUGUACUCUGAACCAAACGUUACCUAUCUGUUUUUUCCUAACACCCUUUUCCAACCUCCAUAAUUCUACUCUUGUCCCUCUCUAUCACAACCCACCUCAGAACCAAAUUUAACCACUGGACUAACGUGGGUCAAAGCUAAUUUGGAUAGCAUUCCAUUUCUGUCAUCCAGGACCAUGAUUCAUCUAUGAAUCAGACGGUGCCGUAUGAUGUUGCCGUCAAAACUUCAAUAAAAGCUAUAUCCGAACCAAAUUCCAAACACUGCACGACGCAGGGAUUCCUCUGUUUCUAAAAAAAUCUUCCUUAACCACCAAUCCCUAAAAACCUCAAUUUCUCCAAAAUCCCAACCGACCUGUUGAUUCAAAACCUCAAAAUGGCCCUAAGAACAAAUCUAUUCUUUCCAAACACAAUUCUUCAAUCCUACUUUUGUCCCUCCCCCACUACAACCCAUUUCAGAACCCGAAUCCUAUGCACCCACAAAAAAUGCAGAAGUGAUGCUGAUCUUGCAUCAGACUUGGCAUCAGAAGUAGCAAAAAUAAACAUCCAUUUGGUGCAACGAGAAGAGGCCAUGAAGAAAAGCAGAGAACUACUUUUCGCUGAGCUUUGCAAGUAUUUGGCUUUGGAUAAAGACGAAGUGAAGAGGAAAUGGAGCAAAAUGGAUCAAGAGGAGAAAAGGGUUUUGAUUAAAGGGUUUGUUGAAGAAUGGGGUGUCAAUUUUCACCCUUUAUCUGCUAGGUCUGUCAAGGAAAUGAUUGAAGAGUACUUACAUGAAGGGAAGCCACCUUCACAUUCUUCUGGUUCCAUGCUGUUUCCAGGUUUGAAGAGGAUAAUGGGGUUUUCUCAAUAAGUUCAAACGUAUAAGAUAUGUCAUGUAGUGAUAGAAACUUAAUCGGAAUGGCUGGUUUGUUGUUUGUUGUUUAAGUGCUGGAUAUUGCUGACAAUCGGAUUUGGCUUCUUUUUGACUAGUAAAGUUUGAUAAAUUCACAGAAAAAGAAGAUUGAUCAGUGAAUGCUUUUAUUAAUGUGUAUGAUAAUUUGUUUCCCCUGAAA